AAAGCUCGCUGCCGUCGGCGACAAAGCCAGAUUUAUUAAAGCCAUUAGAAACAAGUUCACAAAUUAGCCAUAUAACUUGUUUGAAGUUGAAAUCGAGCCCAAAUCAGAUGACUCCCACCUCAAGAUCCUUCAGCUUCAAGAAAUGGGUCUCCGGCAGUGGCCCAGUUGUCGUGGCCCUGGAUGCUUCGUGGCCUCGUCGAGGAGUCUGCUUGGCCAUCGUCUUGGGAGAGAGCAGUUGUUUGGGCAGCGGAUGGAGCAUCUGUCUGCUGGAGUACGCAGCCGUCGCCGAGUCUGAAAAAUAGAAUCUCGCAAUGAGGCGACAGCAGGUAUACUUACAAUGCUGGCAAUGGCGGCCCAUCCUAAGAUUAGGAGGUUUGCUGCCGCCGCUGCUGGGCUUUGUGUAUUUCGCUGGCGUCUCUGCUUGCAUCUGGACUUUUUCUCGGCUGUGUGCGCUGGUUGCGAUGCCUGAACAGGCGGAUCUUCAUCGUCCAGGAGUUGCUCCAAGCGUCUGCUCACCAGCUCUACGCCAUAGUCAAGCGUCUCGUUUGCAGUUGCCGGCACCAAAAGAGGACGUGUCACCACGUAAUGGGUGGCUGCCUUCUGAUGUUAUCCAGCGCAUCGCAUUAGGCGAGGAGGCCAUCUCUAAAUCGUUUACGGAGAGUAUUUUUGGUCGAUUCGCAGAAUCGUUCUGGCAGCUUGCUGCGCAGAUUUGGCUGCUCCUCAACUGUGAUGUCUGGCAGUACCAGUUUUUGAAUUUGCACUGGCUGGCCACGUAUGCUGUCCAUAAUACUGUCUCUGCUGUCGUGUGGGUCCGGUUGUCGCCGCCGCCGUGCGAAAUCGCGUUCUCGUUCCUCGUUCGCUUUAGCUUCAUUAUACUCCUCUUGUAUGCGAAUAAGUGUUGGUAAUA